GUGACCUCGGUGGAAACUUUUAAAAGCCUUUUGUUCGGAGGUGAAUCUCCUGUGUUACGUGCCUCUUCACGCGAUGCAAGUUUUAAAUGCACAUCUUUUUCUAAAGAUACUUGACAACGCUGUAUGAAAAAAUACCAUCUCUGUAGAUGAUGGCAUUUAAAACAGAGUAAAAACCUGUGCGUCAGGCUCGGCCGCUGCCUGGGUGACGCUGGUGCCCCAUCAGCAGAGCGCAAAGUCCUGGACGGGCACGGACGGGGCUGCGAUCGGCCCUGCCCUGCCCUGCCGUUGUUUCUCCUUUAACGCUUGGGAAAUCUGCCGGGCUGAAGUGGAGGCACCCGUGGGAUGAACUGUGGCUGGCAGCAGGAGGGAAGCUGGGUGACUGCCCGCGUGUUGCCUCCAAUGAACCAAUUUGGCAUUGAAACCUGCCCUAAUGAUAUGUGGGUGUUAGUAACAGAGCUGGGGUUGAUGGAGUCGGUACCGUAUCUCGAUAAGCCCCCGUCCCCUCUGGAGUUUUAUCGGGAAUGGGUGAGUCCAAAUAAACCUUGUAUAAUUCAGAAUGCCAUCAGUCACUGGCCAGCUCUGAAGAAGUGGACCUUAACGUACCUCAGGGAAGUAGUAGGUCCCAAGGUAGUGAGUGUGGCAGUAACACCAAAUGGUUAUGCAGAUGCAGUGUUUCAGGAAAGUUUUGUUAUGCCAGAAGAGAGUCAAAUGCCAUUCAUGGACUUUUUGGACAUUGUAGAGAAGAAAGUGACUUCUCGCAACAUAUUCUAUGUGCAGAAGCAGUGUUCAAACCUCACUGAGGAGUUCCCUGAACUUGUAUGUGAUGUGCAGCCUGACGUUCCAUGGAUGAGUGAGGCACUUGGGAAGAAGCCUGAUGCUGUGAAUUUCUGGCUUGGGGAAUCAGCUGCUGUGACAUCUUUACAUAAAGAUCAUUAUGAGAACUUGUACUGUGUGGUAUCUGGAGAGAAACAUUUUCUACUGCAUCCACCGAGUGACCGUCCCUUCAUCCCGUAUGAGCUCUAUCAGCCAGCAACCUACCAUGUAUCAGAAGGUGGCUCAUUUGAAAUUGUUGAUGAGAAGACUGCAGAUAAGGUGCCUUGGAUCCCCCUGGACCCUUUGAACCCAAAUCUGGAACAGUAUCCAGAGUAUGCUCAGGCAAAACCUUUGCAGUGUACAGUGAAAGCUGGCGAGAUGUUAUACCUCCCUUCUCUCUGGUUCCACCAUGUUCAGCAAUCACAUGGCUGUAUAGCAGUGAAUUAUUGGUAUGACAUGGAAUAUGACCUAAAGUACAGCUAUUAUCAACUAUUAGAUUGUCUCACAAAUGCCGUGAAAGUGUUAUAGCAAAGGUGGGAGACUCAAGCUUGCAAUCUUCCUCUCUGAUGUGGUACGAUCAUCAGCACCUGGGACUGGAGCACCAAACGUAAUUCAAGCUAACAGAACCGAACAUUAAAUUAUCCUCAACAAAGCUGGUCAAACAGAUCACAGCUGUUUUGCUUGCUUUCAUAGUCCAGGUCAAUUGGCCAUUUUUUUCUGGCUUGAAGGUAGAAGGUUCGAUGAUAACGUUUUUAGGUCUUCACAUUUUGCUUCAAUGCUGGUAAGCAAAGUAAAAUCUGAAGGGAGGCAAUGCAAGUUUUGGAAAUCCCAAAACAUACACCGUGACUGUUCCUUCAGCUCUACAGAUUGUUUUAGUAACAAAUGAACAAGGAAAACUCUGCUUGGUCACCCGUUGUGCAUCAGGCCACAUCAGCCCAACAUAUACCUUCAGAUUAAGGCAAAAGUCCUUUCCAGUAGUAAUUCAGUGCGUUCAGUGGCUGACUGUGGUGUUUCGAUGAUGAGAGAUUACCACUUCUGCAAUAAAAUUCAGUUGAAAAGCUUA